AUGCCGGAGAAGCAGCUGACGUCGGAGAAGCAGCCGGUCAGCAAGCAAGAUUUUGACGACGAUGCCGAGGAUGAGGAGAAGGGCUAUGCUGCCAGCAAGCCAGCAUCUCCCUCCGCCGCUGACCGCAAGGGCAUCCCGCUGCUGGCGGCCCUCGACGACCCUCUGGUCGCCGUCCUCCGCUCGGGCGCCAUCAAGCUGCUCCGCGCCGAAUUCCUGCGCGCCGACGGCUCCGAGGCGAUGCUGCCCGAGCUCCUCCGCCGGCAAGAGCUGGAGCGGAUGGAGGAGGAGCGGGGCAUGCAAAUAUUUGAUCGACCAAAAGCCUUGCGCACGAUGGCCUGCCUUUGGAGGAAUGCGCGUGGCGAGCAAAAACUUUGGAAUCAAGCGCCUUCGCUGCCUCCGAUCCCGUGA